UCGUAAUUAAAAAAAUAUAUAUAUAAUUUAUAUUAUUUAUUUUAUAGAGUUUGUUUUCUACAAUUCGAUCAAUAAAUCCAAUCUUUGAUAUUGGCAAACUUGAAAUCAAAAUUUAUCAAGCACGUGACCUCAGUUCCAAAGAUUUAGGUGGUAAAUCAGAUCCAUUUUGUAUUGUUGAACUUGAUUCAAGUCGUUUACGUACGCAUACAAUUUAUCAAACACUUGAUCCUGUUUGGAAUAAAUCAUAUGUUUUACCUGUACAAGAUAUUCAUUCUGUACUUCACUUAGUAAUUUAUGAUGAAGAUAAAAAUGGAAAUAGUGAAUUUAUUGGAAAAGUUGCCAUACCAUUAUUAAAUAUAAAAAAUGGCAAAAAGCAAUGGAUGGCAUUAAAAGAUGAAAAAUGUAUGUCACCAGUUAAAGGUUCUAUUGAAAUAGAAGCAACAUUUAUUUAUACAAAUAUUAAAGCAUUGAUUCGAACAUUUAAUCCAAGACAACAAGAAUAUUAUCCAAUCAAUGAAAACUUUAGUCCUAUUGUAUGUAUAAUUAAUAAAAUAAUUUCUUCUAUUAUGAAAAACAAUCUAAGAAUAGUGUUGAUACGAACUCGUCUUAUUUUGAAAAGUUAAUAGUUUAAAUCGACCAUAAUUAGUAUAAAAUAAAUGCGAAAACCUCGGAUUUAAAUCCGAGUGUUAUGUGUACUUCAAAAAGUGAACGGGUAUAUUCACUUUGUUUUUUAUCAUCUGAGACCAGGGUUGCCGAUUAGAGAGGGAUUUCCCCCCAAAAUUGAAAAUAUGCGCAAAUUUUGGAAAGUCUCAUUGUAAAUUCUGGCAGAAAGCUAGUUUUUAAGCACUUUUUUGCCAUUUUUCUGGCAGAAAAUUGAAUAAAAACACUUUUUUUCAAGAAAAUCUCGCAGAAAGUCGACGAAAUUAGCAUUAUUUGUUCGGUUGCUAGCAGCAGGUAAAAUCAGGUACUUUCUGCCAAAAUUUCACUACUUUCUGACGAAUUCUUUGCCCUUCCCACAUUUCAAAACAAUUGAUAACCCUGUCUGAGACAUAUCUAGGCUAUUUGCUUUCUGGAUGCAGUUUUCUGCAUUUUCACACCUUUUUCAGCUGAUGUUUUGUUAGAAAGCUACGAUUUGGUUCAAAACUAAUAUCA